UCUCCUCUUUGCUCUCCACGCCCUUUUCCCCCCUUCCUGGCGGCAGUCCGUACCGAGACAAUGCUCAGACGCAAUGUCACGAGGCAGGUGGGCGCCAUGUCGCGAGGCGGCGUGGGUCCCACCAAUAUCCGCCUGGCCAGCAGCAGCGCUUCGUCGUCGUCUUCGUCGUCGUCGUCGCCGCGCAGCCGCUUCCUAACCACGGCCGCCAUCAUCGCAGGAGGUGGUGGUCUCCUCCUCUUUGGCAGCUCCAAGCUCUUUGCCGAGGAUCGCACCUACCAAAAGGCCGUCCUGGGUGAUGUCCGUCCCCACCCUCUCUGGACCCCACCGACCCGAGCGCAAAUGAUUGCAGCACUCAAGGUGUCGAGCGGGAAGAGCCUCCGACCGCAGGCCUCGCGCAUUCAACAGGACAACUCGGCCCUGCAGAAGCCUCAGCGCGAGAGCGGCAGCUCAGCCCCAAGUCCCGCGGCCAAGAGCGAUGCGGGAGAUGAGCGAGUCAUGCGCGACGGUGAUGAGGACGGCGACGGCUUCGAUCUUCUCAUCGUGGGUGGUGGCGCGACGGGCGCCGGUGUCGCAGUCGAUGCUGCUACGAGGGGCCUCUCGGUGGCCAUGGUGGAAAAGGAUGACUUUGGCGCAGGAACCUCGUCCAAGUCGACCAAGCUCAUCCAUGGAGGUGUGCGCUACCUGCAGAAGGCCGUCUUCGAGCUCGACUACGACCAGUACAAGAUGGUGCGGGAGGCGCUCCACGAGCGCAAGACGUUCCUGCACAUCGCGCCCUACCUGUCCGAGCACCUACCCAUCAUGCUCCCCGUCUACCGCUACUGGCAGAUUCCCUAUUACUUUGCCGGUACCAAGAUGUACGACUGGCUGGCUGGGUCCGAAAACAUGGAGUCGUCAUACUUCCUGGGCAAGGGCAAGGCUCUCGAGGCAUUCCCCAUGCUCAAGUCGACCGGCCUCGCGGGUGCCGUUGUCUACUACGAUGGGCAGCACAACGACACGAGGAUGAACAUUGCUCUGGCUCUCACGGCAGUCCACCAUGGUGCUGUUGCAGCGAACCACACGUCAGUCACUGCGCUGCACAAGAAGCAGGUCCCUGGUCGACCCGACCAGAUCUGCGGCGCCAGGCUUCGAGAUGAGCUGACGGGCGACGAGUGGGACGUCAAGUGCAAGGGUGUCAUCAAUGCCACGGGCCCCUUCAGCGACAGCCUGCGUAAGAUGGACGCACCCACCGCGCAAGAGAUUGUCGCACCCUCGUCUGGUGUUCACAUCACCCUGCCUGGCUACUACUCGCCCCGGGACAUGGGUCUGAUCGACCCCCAGACCUCAGAUGGCCGUGUCAUUUUCUUCCUCCCCUGGCAGGGCAACACCAUUGCCGGCACGACGGACACGGCGGCGCCCGUCGAGGCCCAUCCGCUUCCAAAGGAAGAGGAGAUCCAGUGGAUUCUCGACGAAGUUCGCAACUAUCUCAGUCCCGACAUCAAGGUCCGUCGAGGCGAUGUCCUCUCUGCCUGGAGCGGCCUGCGACCCCUGGUCAAGGACCCAGCUGCCAAGGAUACGCAGAGCCUGGUGCGAAACCACAUGAUCAACGUGAGCGAGAGCGGCCUUUUGACGAUUGCUGGCGGCAAAUGGACGACAUACCGUGAGAUGGCCGAACAGACCGUCGACAAGGCCAUCGAGACGUUCAAGCUUCAGCCGCUGCGGGGCUGCGUGACCAAGCAGACGAGACUCCUGGGCAGUCACGGGUGGAGCAAGACGAUGUACGUCAAGCUUCUUCAGCGCUUCGGUCUCGAGACGGACGUGGCCAAGCAUCUUUCCGCCACCUAUGGUGAUCGCGCCUGGUCCGUGUGCUCCAUCGCCGAGCCAACGGGCAAGCGAUGGCCAGUGCACGGCAAGCGCCUCGACGAAUUAUACCCCUACAUCGAGGCAGAAGUCCGCUAUGCUUGCCGCUCCGAGUAUGCCGCCACGACGCCUGACUUUAUCGCACGAAGGACACGUUUCUCGUUCCUCAACACCGAGGCAACUGUCCAGGCCCUGCCCCGCAUCAUCGAGAUCAUGGCAUCGGAGCUCGACUGGGACGAGAAGAGGCAGAACGCAGAGUUUGCAAGAGGCAUCGAGUUCUUGGGCUCGAUGGGCCUGCAGCCCGGCCGCCUUGCCCAGCUGAAGCAAGUGAGCCUCAGUGAGAUGCGAAAGAUGAUCAAGGAGGGAGCCAGGUCCUCGAUCCCCCACCUUGGGCAGGCCUCGCUCGAUGAGCGGGAUGCGAAUGCGACGAUCGUCUCGCGAGCUCAAUUUACGAGCGAGGAGAUGACGCAACUACGCUCCAAAUUCGAUCAGCUUGACGCCAACGCCGACGGCAAGGUCGACGUCACGGACCUGAAGGAGAUUCUCACGCGCAUGGGCUAUCAGAACAUCGAUGACUCGACCGUUGCCGGCAUCAUCUCUGAAGUCGACAUCUCCAAGACUUCGUCUUUGCAUUUCGAAGACUUCCUCGACGUUUGUGCGGCGCUCAAGGAUGUGCGACUCGAAAAUGCGUUCACAGACAUCGUCAAAGAGGUCGAGGAAGGAGGCUUCCCGAAAAGGAACAGUGACCCCUUGGGGCCAGCCGCGCAAGAAAGAAGCGCUAGGAGAGACGAAAGGAGAAAGAUCCCCGCAGAGAGGAGCGGCGGCGGUUGGUAGGACCGGAGCCGAACUUUCUAUUCAAGAAUCUAAGUCGAGCUUGUCAAUAAUGUGACCUGGGGAGCCUGAUGGAAUCGCAUUUGACCGCUUCUGUGUCUGUUACGCCCAAAGAUAGCAUUGUUGAGCAGGGAGGUACAGACAGAUU